CGGGGGUAAGUCGCUGUUAAACAUCUUUCUUGGUCGAAGGGUCUAUCUGUUGCUGGCGUCUCUCUCUCUCUAUCAUCCAAUCGCUCCCAUAUUGAAAGCCGUCGAACCCUAAAUUUUUAGGAUAAGGCGCCUAAUUCUAACUUAAUAAAACGCAUAACCAAUUUAAUUUAGUACUCGUACGAGCUAUCAAUUAUCGGCGUGAAAUGGCACAUUCAUUGGUCUCCUCUUCGGCUUCUUCUCUCGGAUUCAGUUCACUUGCCUUCUCUCCAAACCCUAGCACCAAUCUCGAGUCUCAGAAGCAUUCCCUCCCCUACGAGCCACUUCAGUCCAGGAAAUUGAGAAAGUUAAGUAGUUCUAGGAAGAACUUUCAGCUAUCUCCAAAGGCCGUUUACUCUGGUGAGUUUUGGGCACCUGAGAAAAGUUCUCGACGAGGGAUUUGGUCUAUAAGGGAUGAUUUGGAAAUCCCAUCAUCACUUUACUUCCCUGCGUAUGCCAAUGGGCAAGGUCAAGCGCAAGGGCCACCUCCAAUGGUGCACGAGAGAUUCCAGAGCGUUAUUAGUCAGCUUUUUCAAUAUAGAAUUAUACGUUGUGGUGGAGCAGUUGAUGAUGACAUGGCAAACAUUAUUGUUGCUCAACUUCUCUAUCUUGAUGCAGUUGAUCCUAAUAAGGAUAUUGUAAUGUAUGUAAAUUCUCCAGGAGGAUCAGUUACAGCUGGCAUGGCGAUAUUUGACACAAUGAGGCAUAUCCGACCUGAUGUAUCCACUGUUUGUGUUGGAUUGGCUGCUAGUAUGGGCGCUUUCCUGCUUAGUGCUGGGACCAAGGGAAAAAGAUACAGCUUGCCAAACUCGAGGAUAAUGAUCCAUCAGCCUCUUGGUGGAGCUCAAGGUGGGCAGUCUGACAUAGAUAUUCAGGCAAAUGAAAUGCUGCAUCAUAAGGCAAACCUAAAUGGGUAUCUCGCCUACCACACUGGUCAAAGUCUUGAGAAGAUCAACCAGGACACAGACCGUGACUACUUCAUGAGCGCAAAAGAAGCCAGAGACUAUGGGCUUAUUGAUGGUGUCAUCACAAAUCCGCUCAAGGCAUUCCAGCCGCUGGCAGCUGCAGCAGAUCAACAAUGACCAGUCUUUAAUUUGUGUAAAAUUCCUGGUCCUUGCGAACUAUGUGUAUUGUAGAGUUAAAUUAGAAAGAUCACAUUUGGUGUUCUUAGUUUUGGCUGAAUGCUUAAUGAUGUGUACCGGCAAAUAUAAGAGCAUUUGUGUGCUGUUGGUCCUUAGUUCUAACGGAAUCUUAUCCAAACCCCCUAUUCCUUUUUC